UACACGGCCGAAACUCCUUUUCUCUCCCUCUCUCUAAAUUUAUUUUCUUUUCCCGGAAAAUAAUUUCAUUGCAAGGAAAAGGAAAAGGAAAAGAAAAUUCAUUCGAGUUGUGCCGACAAAACACUACGCCGUCUUUUCUUCCCCUCGAGAUUUUGAGCAGAUUUCCGCCAUGCCACAAGAGCUCCGGCUCUAGGUCUCUGUGGUACGGUUAGAGAAAACCCUAGAUCAAACACCGCUAUGGAAAUCGAGGCAUCUCGCUCGAAGGAUUUUACCGAUAGGGAAAGAAAUCGAAUCGAGAACGAUAGUAUUCGUGUGAAGCGGAAGACGUUGCAGGCUGUGCUCGAGGAGUGUCAGAGAGCUUUGGAGUUACUCAAUCAGGCUGAGGUUAGUCCUGACGACGGCGACAACGGCGACAACGGCGAUGGCAUCGGGAAUCGCGGUGAUCAACCGGAGGAGGAAUCGAGCAGAAAAGAAGAAGAAUUGUCCUCAUCGGAUCGCGGAGAUCCUGAAGCUGAUGAAUUGUAUGAUCUCAUCAAAUCUAGAGUUGUGUGCCACGACUUUCUCGAAAAGUUAGAGACAGCUCAAGUCCCGGUUCCUCAGCAUGUUACCGAAGAUGGUAGCUCUUGGGAUGUAGUUAGCAAAGAUGAUCUUUGGUGUGAGAAAAGUACGGGUCAACCCGAAGAAGAUUAUGUCCUUGUUAGGCAAGAAGAUAUAGUAGACGGCAUUGCAAAUUUUAUGGCUACAUAUUUAUCGUCACUUAAGCAGACAAAGGACUUGACACCUGAUCAACUUCAGAAAGCACUCGGACGGAUGUUUUCGGUGAAGAAGAGGAAAGGAAAGCUCCGAAGGGCCUGGGAUGGGAGUAAAGUUGCUUACAACGUAGCAUCAUGGAGCGCAACCGUUAUAGGAAUAUACCAAAACCCGGUAAUCCUCAGGGUCGCCUCGAAAGCCUUCUGGGCGUCAUGUCAGGUCAUAUCGAAACUUGUCUGAUCGAUGAAUUCUCAGAAAUUUGCAGAACGGACUUCGCUCGUCGACUCGGUGUUUCAGGUUUGUUGAUAAGAUACACAGCUUUAUAUAAUUCUAAAUUUAUUGAAUGUGGUAACUCUAUGCGAUCACUGUAAAUAGCAUCCAUUUCUAUAAAAUAUAAGCAUGCAAUCUGUGAUUUGUUAUGGAA